GUAACCCCCCCACACACCUCCCAUCCCCCCCUUUUUUUUUUCUCCCUCGUCGUAAAUAUCCUCCGUUCUGGUCUAUUAUUGCCUGAAUCAAUCGUUAACUUUGAUGAGAGUGAUUAGUGUGAUCAAAGCCGACCGCAUUGCUCGCAGUGUCGCAAAUAUGGCGUCCCGUGUCCCGGCUAUACACGUUCCUUGAAGUUCCAGGAUGAGGGACCCCGUCUGGUGGAACUGUACCUCAUUACCUCCCCAGAUACGGAUGGAAGUGACGAGGGAUCGAGUCCAGUAUCGGCCUCGCUUCCUGUAAAAGCUCAGAGGCAGAAGCGUUGCUUUACGGGUGCCGCCCUUGACGAGAGGAUUUGUCCGUCACUAGCAUACAAAUCUUUCUUGGGUCAGCAACCACGCCUGUUCAAAGAAUUUGUUUGUGCUUCGUUCCCGACCAUGUAUUAUCAUAAUGAAUUUCGGUUUGGGCCCGGUUUUACCUUCCCGGACAACGUUAUCAAACAGUUUGGUUGCAAGCCUUACUACGAUGCCACCAUUAUGUGUCUAUCCACGGCUUGGCUUGCACAUUUGACAAAAGACCCGAAUCUACAACAUGCAAGUCGAGAGAAGUACAAUGAAGCCUUGGUCGGUAUCCAGUAUGCCCUGAAAUCGGAUGAUUUUGCGUCGGACACCCUAUUGAUGGCCGUCAUACUGCUGGCCUUUUAUGAGAUGAACGUACGCACCAGCGAUGAUGCUUGGCUCUUCCAUGCCAACGCAGUGAGGAUGCUGAUGAAAGCCCGUGGUAUGAGAGCUCAUUUGACGGGCCCUGGGCGUGUUUGUCAUUUUGCCUUCAGGCCGUUUUUGAUUGGCGCUGCCCUCCAAAAGGGUGAAUCAUGUUUCUUAGAUGAGGAUUCCUGGCAGGACUUGGCAGCAUCCUUAAGAAGUGAGGAUUCCCAGAAGCAGGACGAGUGGGCUUUCUAUAUCGACGUGUAUGAGACCAUCUUCAUGGAGCUCGUCAAGUGUCCCGGCUAUAUCAAGGAAGCCCGGCGAAUCGUUUCGGUAACCUCACCCGAGGCCAGAUCUUUGGCCCAUCGGAUUCGUACAACAUGUGAUCGACUGCGAAGAUUAAGCAAUGAAAUGCGAACCCUACUCAGUGCACAUAAUCAGCGAAAGCAGGGUAUCACACUCCGCUUCGUGGGACCGGAGCCCAAACUCUUCCCGGAAACGAGCCCUUCUCUUCUUCUCCGCGCUGGGAUCGAUGCCGUUCGGAUCCUCGAACAAAUCUUAGGUCAACUCACCAUGCCUACACCGACCGUGGAACAGACCUUGAUAAUCCGUGAUGGAGCGCUAACACCCGUGUCAAGCCCAGAAAGUUCUGGAGAUGCGGAGAGUCCACCACCUCUCUCCUUUGGUUUGUCCUGUGAGCUCGGAAACGGUCCGCAGGCUUCGGUCGGUGAUGAUGACCAACGCGCUUUGACUUGGCUGGACCGGGUCGCCGGGGCAAUGGGGCUGUUAGGAGCGGAAAUCACGUACGGAAUGAAACCGGGAAUUCAAACCGAUCUCGCUCUGCGAAAUGUUCGGACGUUAACCCCUGUGGAUGAUGACCUCCCAGAACCUCGGCGGUCGUCGGACUGAGACAAUAGAGCCAACAGGCUGUAUUCAGUCACCGCCCCCAAGUCAACCCUCAAUCACUACAAACGCAACGUGUGCAUUUGAAAUUCGGCAUAGCCCCCGCUUCAUCAGCGUUGGACGGCUACUUUCUCUGCGAGGCUCACCCAUUACAUUACCAAAAUACCUGCAUCAGAUUGUUGCGCGUCGAUACCCGCCCCACUACAGCAUAUUCUGCGUCACGUAACGGUCGCGCGCUACAUACAUUUAUUAAGCAUUGACGGCCAUCUC